UUCAAUAAUCAUAUUUUUAAUAUAUCUGUUUCCUAAUGGCCAAAAGGAAAAUAGAAAUAUAUACAGACGUGUACACCGAAAAAGAUUUUGAUUACAUACUCAAUAAUUCUAAGGAAAAUAUUAUUUGUGCACAAAUAUAUUGCAGUUAUUUUGGUUAUUGCACCGCACUUGAUCAUCUUUUCAUGAAAAUGAAAUUAGAUUGGAGUGACGGGCAGGCGGUUCUUCUAAGAGUGGCGGUCGAUGAAAUCGAUUCAUUAGACCGAUUUAAGGGUCAAAGUGAACCUGUAUUUUUAUUUAUUCUGAAUAGAAGAGUAAUAAAUGUAUUUCGCGGCGUUGAUUAUGUUACAUUCGGAGAGGUCGCGAAGAAAGAGAUCGAAUAUUUUAAACAAUUUAAAGAAGGUUGCCAUAUUGAAAGACAAACGUAUGCUAUAGAUGAGGCAACACCCAAUGAAGUUGAAUGGUUGAAUGCUCGUAAAACAGAGAGAGAGGAAGCAAUAGCGACCGCGUUAACCCUAAAGGCGUCACGCCAAGAAGCUCGUAAGAAGCACCGGGCUGAGCUGAUGGUGCCUCACUUACGGCAUCUUAAUUUCGUGCUGUACUGGCCUCAUAUGACACACGCCCAUCCUGAACUCUACGAGCGAUGGGAUCCUCACAAUAUAAUAAUGGUCGGUCGGGAGGAGAUACAUCUGACAAAGGAGCUGGCGGAGGACGUGCUGUACGCUGGGGAUGCUCCCGUCAACGAAGCCUCUAUGCACGAACUGCUGUCAGCACCGGCACUGGCGAUUUGUUUUAGAAUAUUGGAUAAUGAGAGAAAUUUUGUUGAACUGAUAAGGAAGAUCCUCUACGAAGAAAUACCUGCCUUAGACGAAACUAAGCCUAUAUCUGAUCAGCCUCCACAGAAAACUGCUUUCGAUUUGUAUAAAUCCUACAGUCUGUCCAAGGAAGAGAUAUUGGAAAACCGUCGAGAAGAAAGAGACAAGAAAAAGGCCCAGGCCAGAGAAAGUCGUGCGCGACGUUUAUCUGAGAUGCAGCGAAUGGCGCGCCAAGCUAUAGAAGAAGCCAUUGAGGCUAAGCGAGUGGAAAGGGAAGCAAAGAAAAUUGAGAUUCUUAAAGCUGGUAAUCUGACAGCGCUUGAAGAAUUCGAACGAAAUUCUUUGGAUACAGAAGUGGAUAUUUUAAUACCGGAGAAUUUAUCAGAUGAAGAAUUGGGAGCUAGUAGUGAGGAAGAUGACGAAGAAUAUUUUCCACCAGCUGGUCUUCUAAUACCAGGAUUUUAUGCUCCGCCCAAUGAGAUAGCUAAAGUCAACGGAUUGGGAGUCCUAUUUCCAAAAAUUGUUUUAGAAAGUGUAACCCCUCAGCCAGAGUUUCUUCCACCGCACGUACUGGUGUUACUUGACAUGACGAAGAGGUUUAAAACUGUGGAGAUACUGGCUAAGCAUAAAAACUCUGUUAUACAUAUGGGGAUAUUUCAAAUGACCGAUAUACCAUUUUCUGAUAGCAUACACGUUGCUUAUAGUGUGAAGCAGUUUGAGUCUCGUAAAGUAACAAUUAAUUUAGACAACUUGAAACUAGCAGUGAUGUUAUCGGUACAAAUAGACCUGCCUCUCUUGGGUCUGAUGGACUUGAGUCCUAGUCACGUGAGUCGCGACACGACUGCGGGAGAGAGGGAAUGCGCCGCCAUCUUUCCUGUGGACUACGGUGAUGAUUACCCAGAAUUUGAAGACUUCAAUUAGCUUUAUUAUGGAAAAAAUUAUUGUGCAUGCGACUUACAUCAACAGGUUUCGAAAAAUUAUAUCAACUUGAUUAAAAAAACACAAA